CUCCCCUAUAACUCCCACACCUGUUCAACAUUUCAUCUUUGCAUCUCUUCUCAAAAAAACAAAAAAAAACAUCCAUGGCUUCUUCAACUUGCAGCUUCAUAUUCUAUGUUGUAUUUCUUAUACAAUUUUGCAGCUCGCGUGAAAUCGUGGACAAAAGCCAAAAAACCGAUCACUACGAAGAGAAUCAUAUAAAUAUUUAUGGGAAGAACGAUAUAAAUGAUUUGGAUCCGGCUCUAAAUGUGUUCUUUCAUGUGAAUGAUUUAUAUUUGGGCAAAAAAAUGCCUAUUUAUUUCGCGGUUAAUGAUCCUUCAACAACUCCUAGGUUGUUAACAAGAGAACUAUCAGAUUCGAUACCAUUUUCCUCCAAAAGGCUCGCGUAUCUGCUAGAGCUCAUAUCAUUAGCCGCGGGUUCACCACAGGCUCUAGCCAUGGAACAAACACUUAAACAGUGUGAGCUUGAGGCGACCCCGGGUGAGACGAGGUUCUGUGCUAGCUCCUUAGAGUCCAUGCUGGAUUUGACACGUGGCAUAAUGGGUAUGGACAAACUGAAGGCGUUGACCACAAAUAUUCAUAAUUUGUCAAAUACCCUUUUGCAAGAAUAUACCUUUUUGAAGGAGCCAAUGGAGAUUAAUGUUUCUGAUAUGGUGGCUUGUCACACCAUGGCUUAUCCUUAUGCUGUUUAUUAUUGUCAUGGUCAAAAGGGGUAUAAUAGGGUUUUUGAGAUUUCUUUAGGGGGUGAAAGUGGAAAUAUUGUGGAUGCAAUUGCUGUCUGCCACAUGGACACUUCCAAUUGGGAUAGCGAUCACGUCGCGUUUCGGGUGCUCGGAGGCCAGCCUGGCAGCUCGCCGGUGUGCCAUUUUCUCCCAGCCGAUAAUAUCGUGUGGAUACCGUCACCAUAAUUCAUAUCGGAGAAUGUUGUAUGUGAUAUAUAUAUAUAGAUUGGAAAAUAUGUUUUGUGUGUAAUAUCAAAUAUGUAGACUAGUAGCUAGGGACUUUAACAUAUACUAUAUCAUUGUAUCCUUUAAACCGAGUUAAGAUAUAUGUAUACUUAUUAGGUUUCUUAAAUGUGUUAUAAGCAGUGUUGUUACGAUC